AUGUCUCCUUCUAUUCCAUCUCUCCACGCCCUCGUAUCUCACUAUUGCAGUCCCUCCCCCGUUACGAUUCCUCCCCAAUCUCGACCGCCUUCGUUCUCCCGUUGCCGUCUGUUUCGUUCUCCUCUCCGCUCGUGCUGCGUCCCGUGCCACCUCUCGAUGCGCCGUCGGAAGAGGAAUUCUGCUUUCCCUAGGUCCAGAGCUUCGGUCGCUCCCGAAUAUCCCCAGAUUCCUGGAGAAGAGAAAGAUAAGGUACGGUCGUGUGGAAACUUGUUUGAAUGUAACGGUUCUAGAGCUAGCAUCGUUUUUUGUUGGUCGAGGCCAAAAAUUGCAUCGUAUGUUUACUGUCAAGGGUAGUUCUGGCUGGUGCAAGAUGAACAGUAGGGAAGCUAGGCCAGCAGCGAGCUGCCCCCCUAUUGCUACCUGGGGAUGGUGUGCGUGGUUUUGUUUGAAGGAAACCUGGAAAGUCUUAACAUCUAUGUUGAAAUGAAAUUGAGAAUGAGUAGGGCUAGCUUCUAGUUUAUAACUUUUUUCUAAUCAGCACAAAAAGUGAACUUGCGACUCCACCCAUAUCAAAUUGGCGUUGAGUUAGAUAGCUCGACAGCUGUAAUACAGUACAACAGCCAAUGGUUACUCUUGGGCUGUAGGCAUGCCAUUUAUGUUGUCCAUGCAAACAAAGCCAUAUCGUUGGCUUGACUGUGUUACAAUGGUCCUGUGUCAGUUAAUGGAAAAGUAAACAUGUGAGUUGGAGUAUGGUCCUAGUCCACUAAUUGUUGAUUAGUUUCAAUUCGAUGGCCUCACUUUAUACCCAAAAUUCACUUUUGCAUUAUAAAUGCUGGGCUAUUUAACAUUAAAAAAAUACUUCUACACAUUAUGAAGUGAAUUUUAUAGUUUUUUUUGUUCAUUUGAUGUUUGGCAGGUUGUCAGCAAAUCAAAGUUGAAGGAAAAAUAGUAGACACAAAGAUACAUGGUAAUCAAACAUCAUCUGGUAGGGUUGGAGAUACGAGAGUAAAAUAAACCAUUACGAUCUCCCCUAAUGUGAUUUAAAAAUCUUUCAAAUCCAUCAGGUGCUCUGUUUUUUCUUGGUCCUGUCACCGCCGUUCACUAAUCUAACCUUCAAAAAUGCAAUCUCCUACGAUUUUUUGCAAAGAACAACCACGUAAUGAAGAAGAGGAAGCGUUUAAAGCCGUCUUGAACAAAAUUGUGAAUACCAUAUCUUCAGUUCCCCAUAACUGACAGUAUUUUCAAAGAAUCAGAGUGCAGGUGAAACUGAAAUUUUGAACUGUAGUUUUUAUUGACUUACUCUUCUAAUCCUCAAAUGUUCUGGUUUAUUUUCAUAUCAAGGAGAUUUCUCGAAUUUACAAUGGGUUUCUUCUUUAUCCUUCUUACUAUUAAAUAGUGUCUAUUAAUUUCCUGGUAUAAAGGGUAAUCUACAUAUGCAAUAUAUUGAUUUUCCUCUCCAACAACCACCUCAAUAUGGUAAACCAGCAGUCCACACAGUUGUCCAUGCACAAGUACAAAAUAAUUAUCUUGGAUCCCUUUUCGUACAUAACAUCCUCUUAUCAAGUUAUUUUUUUCUCCCUUUCUCUGAGAACUUGUUUUCAUGAAGUUAGAUUCUCAAAUUAUUCGUUUUUCUUUUCUCUAAAAGUACUGUCGCCUUUGUCUUGCUGCUUUGAUCAAUUUAUCAUAUUUGACUUUGCUGCUUUCUGUUAUCCUUGCUUCAUAUGCAGGAUGAAGCUAGGGAAAAUCCGGAUAUCCCAACAUUGUUUAGGAGAUUCUGGAAGGUGGCUGCACCAUAUUGGUCAUCAGAAGAUAAAACCCAAGCUAGACUAAGACUCGCCUCUGUCUUUGCUCUCACCUUAGCUACUACGGGAAUCAGUGUUGGAUUUAACUUUCUUGGGCGUGAUUUCUAUAAUGCGCUUGCUAGUAAGUAUUUCAUAAACUAUAAUUGUGCUAUUUGAUAUCAUUACUAAUCUUAAUUUUCCUUACAAAUAUUUGAAUUAUUUCUAAGCGACAAUUUGAAUUGAUACUAUCACUUAUUAUGUUGUAUGCAGUUUUAUAAUUUUUCUUAUUUCUCUCUUUUUUGUCUGGGUAAGACAAGGACCAGGAACAAUUUACGAAACAGCUUCUCUAUUACCUUGGGGCUUUUGCUGGUGGAAUUCCGGUGAGCAUAUUGCUGCAUUCUUUUAGGUAUCACUCUACAAGCCAUUCAUUCUAUUUCUUGGAUUUCUUUGCUUAUAUUUGGCGCAGCAACUUUUUGUUUUUAGAAAAUUUCCAUGUUUAUGCUAGAAUGCCCAAAAUGUUUUCUGCGGAUUAAAAUAUUGUGGCCAGAUUAUUCUUUCCUGGCUAUUGUAUGAUUGAAGGUUAUUUCUCUCACUAACAUAGAGCCGAUUGGUUGAGGUUCUACAUAUUUUUCUAUACAGUUACAUUGUGCGACUCCAAUUUGUAUGGCAAAGGCUAACUCAGCUCUACAAUGAGCUACGCUUACAUAAUAAUUACGAAAUAUAACAAUUUUAGCAUAUCUUUGCUCUUUUUUUGUUGGAAAAUUGGUUGAUGAGUUUUUGCUCGACGGAUGGUCUGUCUGGAUUUGCUAGAUGCACGUAUGGAAGACAACAUUAUGACCUAUGAUACUAUUGGUAACACUUAAAAAAGAAUAAACAAGUUAGCUAAUUUCAUCAAUAAUGAUGUUAUAAUGAACUCUAAUAGUGUUCCUUUAACACUCUAACCAGAGUAAUGCCGUGUACAUUCGCCAAGUGUUACUUUCCAAAUCCAGAAACAAGCGCUCUACUUAUGUUUUCCGUGGAGGAAUAUGGAAUUCAGCCGCUCUGACCUUGGAGUGAUAGGAUGUUGAAUUCUGAAACAUCAGAAAUAUUUUUCGUUAGCAUCUCUAAUGCUUUUCCCUAGUCAGCUAUUAAAAGUUUUAUUGCUUUAGACAGCUGAAAAUUGAAGUGGUUAACUGCUUUAGUCCGAGGUUUUACGUUUUCCGAAAUAUGAAGUUGGAUCUAAACGCAGUGGUUUGAUGGACCUUCAGUGUGAUAGGAAAGUUCAAUCAAAUUGGUUUUAUACGAUUUUGUUCACCAUCUCUGAUGUUGUUUUGCUAAGAGACAGAUAAAACAACUUACUGUGCCCUUUGUUACACAACACUAGUUUAACAGAUAAAACUCAAUGUUGUCCUUUUUCUUUUUUUCUGUGUAUCAUUGAAGGGAUGAUAUCCGGCCUUUUGCUUGGUACUUUCUACAUUUGAUUGGAUCUUAAUAGGAUAUCAACUCAAAGCAAUAUCUUUCUGCACGUGUUUGGCCCUGUAUCAGAAAGCAGGGUGUCACAGUCACUGUCCAUGGUGAAAAGACGUUGCCACUCAUAUUUACGAAAAAAUAGGGUAGGCAUUAACAAGAAAUAAAUAGGCAAGGGUUGGAACACCUUGCCAAUGCCAAUGAUGCGAUUUCAAUAUAUUCCGACAAUUUCUCUCCCCACAGAGAACCGCGAGAAGAUCAGAGAAGACCUAGACUGAGAAUUAAAGAACAAACAAGAAGGAAGAUAGCCAGAGUGUUCCACAGGAACCGUAGGUCGCCCAGGAGGCCUUCGAGAGGCCUCCAGCUUUCCCAGUGACUAUCCUUAGUCUCUCUCCAAAAGUGUCCCCUGUGGCCCGGGCUACUCUAAUAUAUGACUUAAGUGCCUCAAAUGACAACCUUGCCCCUCCCCAUUUACACUGGAGGUCUUUUCCUCCUAAAAUAGAUGACUGCCGGGAUCAUAUCUUCUUCCUUGAUGAGGUUAUUAUGAUAUAUUCAGUGGUAGAUUUCUUGAUAAGAGUCAAAGGAGAACAUUUUCACAGGAUUCCACGUAAUGGUCUCCAUGCUCUUUUAGAAUUCGAUUUGCAUUUCUCAAAGGCUUGAACCUAGAAUUCUCUGUAAUUAAACUGCUCGGUGGUGAAGAAGUAAGCCAGUUUCGAGAUUAAUCUUUUAUAUAUAUCAUACCAUUACACGGGUAAUUAUUAAAGAAAUUUCCUUCGCAGACAUUAAAUUUAUUUGGUAAUGCUGUCUGGUUACUAAAAUUUCUAAGGCUGCUAUCGCUGCCAUUUAGGAGAAUGUUAUGUGAUUUAAGUUUCUGAGCAGUCUACAUAUUCAAUAUACGGCGCUUUCUCUAUGAAAUUAUCCAGAUUGAUCACAUUAGUUUAAUAUCUUUCCACUGUGAUAACAGUGUUGUGUGAUUUAGGUUUCUGAGAAGUCUACAUGUUCAAUAUACGGUGGUCUCUCUAUGAAAUUAUCCAUAUUGAUCACAUUAUUUAACAUCUUUCCGUUGUGAUAAUGGUUUAUGCUCAUGUUGUAAUUUUUCCUGACUUGCGAUUGUUUUAGGUCUUUGUCUUGAGGGACUAUUCAAAAGAUACUCUUUCUUUGAGGUGGAGAUCUUGGAUGACUAGCUACUAUAUGAGGCGCUAUUUUAAGAAUCAAACUUUCUACAAGAUUCAGUCACAAUCAAUAAUUGAUAAUCCAGACCAGAGGAUUGUUGAUGAUCUUAGUUCUUUCACUUCAACCGCCCUAGGAUUUGCUUUGACUUUCUUCAACGCAGCCAUAGACCUGAUUUCAUUCAGUAAUAUACUGUAUGGCAUUUAUCCGCCUCUGUUCAUUGUGCUUCUUGUGUAUUCAAUUGGAGGCACAGCUAUCAGCGUGUACCUUGGGAAGGUAAUUCCUCUUCCGCUACUAGAAAAAAAUGUCCUGCUUAACACGAGUUUUUUUGAAUUAUGUCCUUUUCUGUCUUCAAUUAAACAAAGAUACGUUUCUUUUAUAGGACCUAGUCAACCUUAAUUUUAUGCAAGAGAAGAAAGAAGCGGAUUUUCGUUAUGGAUUAGUACGUAUCAGGGAAAAUGCUGAGUCAAUUGCCUUCUAUGCUGGUGAAGAAAAUGAGAUGCAACUUCUGCUACGUCGUUUUUCAAGGGCCUUCGAGAAUCUAAGCGUAUGUAGUACUCACUAUUUUUUCUUCCCCUGAUUUUUUUUGUGCAAUUUGUAUUCUCUAAUUGGCAUACAAAAAGAAAGAAAGAAAUCAUAUUUUAUUUCCGGACUUGUCCAGACGGUGAAAAUUUCAACUACGAAAGGCAUUCUAAUCAGCUUUAAUGGGAGGAGCAAUAUAUACAAUUGUUUACGUGGAUAUCUAGAGAUACUACUGUUGUCACAUUUAGUUUGGUAUCCUCACUCAUCAAUUGGAAAUUACCUCAAUCAAGUUUAGUUAGAUAUUCGAUGGAAAUAUGUUGAAUAUUCUUUAUUGUACGUCUUAUUGUUUGCACAAAAGACAUGAUUCUGCAGUUUGACGUCCUCUGUCAUCAAUUGGAGAUCACCUUGAAAGAUAAUACUCCCAUUGAAAUUAGUGUAUAGCCAGCCUUUACGUGAGAGAGCGUUGGAAUGUCCCCAUGGGAACAUGGCAUAAUAGUUCUCUUUAUGUACAUGGUUCUCAACUCACAGCAAAACGGUUUGUGGUGGAUGCUUAAUGUUUGUUGUCUCUUAGGUUAUAAAUCACUGUCUUGCUAAUGAAGACUUGAGAGUCAAAUGUAUAUGCUACAAUACCCUUGGCUAAAUUUGACCUGAAUGUAUAACCGUAUGCUGGAUUCUUCAUUUUUGAAUUCAGAUUUAAGAAAUAAGGCUACAAUUGUUUUGAUAAUAAUAUUUCUUAUAACGGUAUGGAAUGGUUUUACUGGGUGACUAGCUAUCAACCCAGUUGUUCAUCACCCUAAUUUGGUCUUAUGCUCUGGAUUUUUUCUUUCUUGAAAAAUAUUCCCAUGAAAAAACUAUGCGUAAAUUACAUCUAACUUUUUUGAUUUUUGGGGACCUCUAUUUUUUUCAUUGCAGAAACUACUGAUCUCUUCACGAAACCUGGACUUCUUCACAAGUGGCUAUCGGUAUCUGAUUCAGAUUCUUCCUGCUGCUGUCGUUGCUCCCAUGUAUUUCUCGGGAAAAAUAGAAUUUGGAGUAAUCAACCAGUCUGUUUCUGCUUUCAACCAUAUUCUUACUGAUUUCUCCCUCAUCGUAUAUCAGUUUCAGGCCAUCAGUGCCUUCUCAGCUGUCAUAGAUCGACUAGGUUUGUAGUCCAUGCUUGAACUUGCCUCGUAGAACUUGAUUUUUCUAUUUCAUUGAUUUGACGAAAAUUCUUAGCCACUAUUUUUACUUCUCAUCAACCACUGCAAUUGUAAAUAAGAAAUAGAUUUUGACAAGGUGAAAAAUAAAUUGCUUCUGUGUGACCAACGUCCAAGCUUAUGUUUUAAAUAUUAAUGGAAAUUUUGUAAUUGUUUGGUAUCUCAUAAUUUUUUUAUCAUUUCAAUUUUAGGAAAUUUCUAUAGAACAGUUGUGAUUCAUGAAAACUUUAGUCAAGGCACGUCAUAAUUUUUUUUUAAAAAAAAGGUGAAAUGGCGAGGUCAGAGGUUGUAGUUUUACUGCUAUCAUGUUGUUCUAGAAGUAUCUGCCACUACUAAGAAACUGCAUGUUGCUUGCUAUUAGUUUCUGCGAGGUGUUAUGUCUCAAAAAGAGUAUGAUGUGGCUUUAAUAUACAGAGGCUAGCACAAGGUCAUCCGUCAUUAGAUCUAAUGGAUGAUCUUGCACUAGGCUGGGGCUGAGUUUUUGUAGGUUUUAAAUUAAUGAUGACCUCAAACAUUGCUUACGUAAAAAGUUAUGGGUAAACAUGAUAGCAUGGCAUUUGAUUUCUUCCACGUGGAUCCUUUCCAUUGGAGACAAAUUUCUAUCCCCGAUUGACCAUUGUCUAACGGAUAUUUCUAUCAAUUCCAUUUACUUCAGUUUAUGUUGCCCAGUUCUUCGAAAUACAGUAAUCUGAAGCAAUCAUACUUCUGUGUUCCCCGAAAAUAUCAUAUGACAGAAUAUCAACAUUUCUUCUCCGACCAUGCAGGUGAAUUUGAUGAUCUUCUGGACGGUACUCAUUCUUCAGAUCUUCUGGAGCCUGAGAAUAGUCUGGAGAUUGAUUUUCUGAAUAGAAACAUUGGAGAUCCUUCUUUUGAUCAAUCAAAUGGGUCUAUUCCGCUAGAUGAGCGUCACAGGUUGCUGGAAAUAAAAAAUAUGACGCUGCAAACACCAAGAACAGGACGGACGCUCAUUGCAAACCUGAAUCUGGAGAUCAACAACAAAGAUCACCUACUGGUAAAUAUCUUCCGGGUCGCUAGCGUUUGUGCAUUCCCUUUGAUUUUCCUAUCAUCAGCUUAGCAUUACAGUUUUCUAAUCUUAACAGGUGAUGGGUCCAAGUGGCAGUGGCAAAACCUCAUUGUUAAGAGCUCUCGCCGGGCUCUGGCGUUCCGGAAGUGGUAACAUCACGUUCUUCACAAGAGACAAUGGGCAGUCUCAGUUGCCUGUUUCCCCGGAUACUCCUCCCCCUGGGCUGCUAAACGAAGCAGAAGAAAACGAGAGAAUUGAAAACCUGAGGUACAAAAGAGCCGAGGGUGUGUUCUUCCUCCCUCAAAGACCAUAUAUGGUCUUAGGGACGUUGCGCGAGCAGCUGCUCUAUCCAACAUGGAGCGAAGACUCGCCUGCAACUCUGCAGAGCACUCCAUCUUCAGGUACGGAUGAUCUCCCUGUGUCGUGUGUCCUGCAGCACCCUGCUGCACAGUUUCAGCAUCGACGCAGAGCCGAUCCCUCUCUUGAAUUGGUUUUCAUGCAUCCAUCGGAUUAAUCCGAUGGGAACGUCAGGAAUCUGCCAACUUUUUUGUGCAUUUUUCCGUUUCAUUAUUGACCCAAAAGUACCGAUUUCUAGUAAUGAAAAUUCUCAGAAGUUUUAACAUCUUUCUAUUGCAUAAUCUGCAGAUAUUCUGCCUUCCUCGAUGCAACUGGAGAACUUGCAGGAUACGAGUGGCGAUUUGAAGAGGCCCACCGACGAUGAUCUGCUCCGGGUCCUGCAGGAUGUCCGCCUCGGCGACAUUGUUUCUCGCUUCAAGGGUCUGGAUACAACAUACGAUUGGUCCUGCGUCCUCUCACUCGGCGAGCAGCAACGUCUUGCAUUCGCUCGGUUGCUGCUCUCAAGACCAAGAUUAAUCCUGCUGGACGAAUCCACAAGCGCCCUCGAUGAACCCAACGAGGUAAGGGAAGCCUCUCUCUCUCUCUCUCUCUCUCUCUCUCUCUCUGACGGUUGACUUGGCAUUUGCAGGCACACCUGUACCGGCAUAUUGAAGCCGCGGGGAUAACAUACGUCAGCAUUGGGCACCGGAGAACCCUAUUCAACUUCCACAGCAAGGUACUCUACAUAUCAAAGUCGGAAUCCGUUGACCCCAGUUACAGGAACUGGACUAUCGAGCCCAUCAACCAGACGAGCGACUACGGGCAAGCAAAGGCGUCAUCUUGA